UCCAGCUAUGAUGCAGCACUUAAAUCUCCUCCUGGACUGCCCUGUUGUACUUGCAGCUAUUUUUAUUUGUGGUAUUGGUGGAACCUUUCAGUAUGGAUUUUGUGUGUCUGUGAUGACGUCCCCAUCAGCUUUUAUAAAAAAGCUGAUCAACACAACCUGUGUGGAACGCUACGACUUCUCCUUAGAGGAGUGGCAGGUCUCUCUCAUAUGGUCCUUCAUCGUGUCCAUCUUCUGCAUUGGGGGGUUACUGGGGUCGCUGAUGGCUGGCCCCUUGACAUCAAAAUUUGGCAGAAAACGAUGCCUUUUGCUGAAUAACUUUGUGGCCAUAGCUGGAGCUUUACUGAUGAUUUUGAGCCAAACCGCCGUGUCUUUUGAGAUGAUCAUGGUAGCACGAUUCCUCUACGGUAUCAACUCAGGGGUUGGUCUUUCUGCUCAAACCAUGUAUCUCAUUGAAUGUGCUCCUAAGAGGCUCAGAGGGAUGGUCGGCGUGUCUGUUGCCACCUUCCUCUCUUUGGGAAGAUUCUCCGGUCAGCUCCUGGGAAUCAGGGAGUUGCUUGGUACAGAGAAGGACUGGCCUUGGCUCCUCGGUUUUAAUGGUUUCGCUGCGUUGUUCCAGCUCUUCACGCUGCCAUUUCUCCCAGAGUCUCCCAGAUUCCUGCUGCUGGAGAGAGGGGACAGCCAGGCCUCGGCAAAGGCUUUUGAAAGGCUCUGGGGUAAAAACGACUACAGCAGGGAGCUGGAUGACAUGAUGAAGGAGAAAGCCAGCCUUCACAGUAUCCCUAACCAAUCAGUUUUGGAGCUAUUUCAGAGCCGAUCGCUCCGCUGGCAGCUCUUCACCAUCCUCAUUGCCUUCAGUUCCCUUCAGCUGUCUGGCAUCAACGCUGUGUACUUUUAUUCCUUUGAAGUCCUCAGUGCAGCAGGAAUUCCACAUGAUAAGUUAGCUUAUGCAGCGCUGGGAACAGGCCUGUGUGAACUCGUCACAUCUACAACUUGUUUCAUCAUUAUUGAGAGUAUGGGCAAAAAGGUUCUGCUCUACAGAGGCUACAUCGCCAUGUCUGUAACUCUAGGUCUUCUCACCAUCACUGUAUACUUCCAAAAAUCCAUCUCCUGGUUGCCAUACUGCAGUUUGGUUCUCGUCUUCUUCUUCAUUUUCUUUUUUGCUAUUGGACCAGCUGCAACAACGGCUCCUCUUCCCGGAGAAAUCCUGCCUCAGUCCUUCAAAUCUGCAGGAUACACUCUAGGCUGCACCAUCAACUGGAUGGGCCUGUUCGCACUGGGGAUGCUUUUCCCCACCAUGGUGGAGAAUCUUGAGAGUUUCUGCUUCCUCAUCUUUCUGGUGUUCUGCCUCGUCUGUGGGCUGUACGUCGCAUUCAACGUGCCCGAGACGAAGAACCGAACGGUGCUGGAGAUCACUGCGGAGUUUGAGAGGAUGCACUGCAAAGAUGAAACAUCACAGAAGAAGAAGCCCGAACAGGAUCUCAGUGGAAUCAAAUCCUGUAGUACCAAAUUCUGAUUCACACAGGAAAGUCUGCUAAGAUUCCUGAACAGAUGACAUUUUAGUGCUUUUAAAUUAAGAGUUUCUCACGCAGAAAUGAAAAGUUAUUUGUGUCAUGAUAAAACUUUAUUUUCCCAUAAACAAACAAGCAUGAGUAUUAGAUAUCCUUGCUCAUACAAAGAAAAUCACAAUUUAAAUCUCUUUUUUUUAAGUUAAAUAAACUUUCCUUGUUUUUCAUGAAGCAUUUAUGUAUGAAAGUUGUUCUUUUUC